AUGACCUUCGCCUCCCCCAAGGGUGGUGUCGCGCCCCUCGACCAGGCCUCUGUCCAGAUGUUUUCUAGCGACCCUUCAUCCAAGAACUUCCUUGAGAACCACAAGGACGUCUGGGAAAACACCGAGCCUCUUUCCAAGUUCGUCGGCCGCGCCUCCGAGUUCGACGCUAUCUUCUACCCUGGCGGCCACGGCCCCAUGUACGAUCUCGCCUUUGACGCCGACUCGCACAAGCUCAUCGCCGAGUUUGCUGCCCAGAACAAGCCCAUCGCGUCCGUCUGCCACGGCCCUGCCGCCAUCGUCAACGCCAAGACCAACGACGGCGAGUAUCUCAUUAAGGGCAAGUCUGUUACCGGCUUCUCCAACACCGAGGAGGACCAGGCUGGCUACACCGCCGAGAUGAACUUCCUGCUCGAGAACCGUCUCAAGGAGAAUGGUGGCAAGUACGAGCUCGCUGAUGCCCCUUGGGGUGAGAAGGUCGUCGUUGAUGGCAAUGUCAUCACCGGCCAGAACCCUGCUUCUGCCCUUGGUGUUGGCAAGGCCAUUGUUAAGGCUGUUGGCUUGUAA